AUGGCGGCAGGUACACAGCUGUCGUCCAGAGCAGCUUCCGGAGUUGUCCUCCUCCUCGCCGUCCUCCUCGCAGAGCAAGUGCUGGCGGCGGAGGCCUUGUCCAUCGGAGUCAACUACGGGCAGAUCGCCAACAACCUCCCUUCGCCAGCACGGGUGUCCUCGCUGCUCCGCUCACUCAAGAUCAGCAAGGUGAAGCUCUACGACGCCGACCCCCGCGUCCUGCACGCGUUCCUCGGCACGGGCGUUGAGUUCGUGGUCGGCAUCGGCAACGAGCACGUCCCGGCGAUGGUGAGCCCCGCCACGGCGCAGGCGUGGCUCCAGCAGCACGUGGCGCCGCACCUCCACGCCGGCGCGCGCAUCACCUGCAUUACCGUCGGCAACGAGGUGUUCAAGGGCAACGACACCGUCCUGCAGGCCAGCCUCCUCCCGGCCAUGCACUCCGUGCACCAGGCGCUCGGCACGCUCGGCCUGCAGGGACGCGUGAACGUCACCACCGCGCACUCGCUGGACAUCAUGGGCGCCUCCUACCCGCCCUCCGCCGGCGCGUUCCACCCGGGUGCCGUCUCGCACCUGCGGCCGUUCCUCAGCUUCCUGUCCGCUACGAGGGCCCCGUUCCUCAUCAACUGCUACCCGUUCUUCGCCUACAAGGACGACCCGGCGCGCGUGCCGCUGGACUACGUGCUCUUCCAGCCCAACGCUGGCGUCACCGAUCCCAACACCGGGCUCAACUACGACAACAUGCUCUACGCGCAGGUGGACGCCGUGUACACCGCCAUCCAGGCCAUGGGGCACACGGACAUCCACGUCAAGGUCUCCGAGACGGGAUGGCCGUCCCGGGGCGACCCCGACGAGCAUGGCGCCACGCCAGAGCACGCCGGGACCUACAUUGGGAACCUCCUGAGGAGGAUCGAGAUGAAGCAGGGCACACCGUUGAGGCCGGCGGUGCCCAUCGACGUCUAUGUCUUCGCGCUCUUCAACGAGAACCUCAAGCCUGGGCCUGCGUCGGAGCGCAACUACGGGCUGUUCUACCCCGACGGCAGGCCGGUUUACAACGUUGGCCUGCGCGGCUACCUCCCGCCCAUGGCGGAUUCGCAAGGAACACGGCAGGUGAUUCAUCUGCUAAUCCUUAUCGCCAUGGCGUCAGUCGCCUUCGCAUUGUCAUGA